AUGUCCGACGGUUCCGAACAACAAACCUUCCCAUUCAUGCAGUUCCCUCUCGAGAUCCGCCGCAUGAUCUGGAAAGAAUGCCUCCCUCGCCGCGUUAUCGAAUUUGAAAGGCGCACACAUAACCGGGCCACUGUAUGUCAGCGCAAGCGCACAACAUCAACAAACCUAAAGAUCCCCGCCCUGGCGCACGUCUGCAGCGAGUCCCGCGCCGUGGUUCUGGAAUCUGGAGGGAGCUGGACAACCCUCGAGUUCGACAAGACGGGGUGGCUGAAUCCGGACCGCGACGUGAUUUUCCAGCACUGGAAACGCAAGGACGGAACUAACGCAGAAGGAGUGCACUUCCGUGACUGGGACGAUAUGAUCUCGGCGAAUAGAAAGUCAGCAAUCCCCAACGUAAUGCAGUUCCGCGGUCGGUGCCAGGGCAUGGGGGUUACCGCAGACAAUUUCUGCGUAUUCUAUCCGUCGCUGAACAAUCGGCCAGAGGAAACGCCAUGGCAGAAGGGGGCGAGCUGGCUGAUUUACCACUUUGACGAUUAUCGGUCGAGCGAUGAAUGGCUGGUUAGCAUGGACAUGUGUAUUAUCCAUGCAUCCCCGGAGGCGGGGCGACGGUCUGGGCUCUUUGGGUUGGUGGGGGAUGCACCGGUGCAGCUGGUUGAUGUCGCUGAUGUGGAACGGAUCGCGCGAUUCCGACAGCUGUGGGCAUCCGCCUGUCCCGAAGACCUGGAAGCGGAGUGUUUCUUUGCGUCUGUCAAGGGACUCCCCAAGAGGGUGCAGAGGUGGCGAGAAAAGGUCGAAGCAGUCUGGGUGUAUAACGACUGGUUCAAAGCCUACCAAACAAGAUUCAAACAUGUCUCGAACCCAAAGGAGAUCUGGCUUGGACAUCGACAUAGACGCAAAGGAGGACACUGCAAUAGUUUGCGUCCUGAAUACCUAUCCACAUCCCAUCGCCGUGGGCCACGAUACUAUGAUGAUUAUGAUCUAAGCUAUGACGUCGAUCUCGACCAGUUCUCGCUGAACAGAGACCAUUCAUUUGUCCGUGAGAGUCUCGCUGUGAUGCCACGACUGCUUCCCAAGAUCAUGUUUCGUCACUGUACGGAUAAUUGUCACCUUCCCAACUCUGGCAGAAGCAGCCAUCUUGCCGUCAAGGGAUGA